UUUAACUUAAUGCACAGUACUAUCAAGCUCCGCACUCCACGAUAAGUACAUCAAUAUUUAACAUAUGCUUCACGACUUAUAUAUAGUUGUUCCGCAUACGAAGUUACACACGUACAUCAGAUGACAUUUAAAUGUGAUUCUCAAGUAUUAUUUUUCCGGCAUAUGCUUUUUUUGUUUUUGCUCUUCUAGGAAGCUGUAGGCAAUAGUAGUCGGAGUAGUUUGGGAGGAGAGGUGAUCAUCAUCAUCAGUUUUCACAAAUGAUGGCAGGAAACCCUAGCUGGUGGAGCUUGAGUGAGAAAGCUCAGCAAACUUCUGCUUUUUUACCACCAUGCCCCUCUCUCUUCCCCCAAUUUGCACCUGGUUCUUCUUCACUACUCCCUCUGAACUCUUCCGCUGAUCAUCAAGACUUUCCACAGUCAUGGAGCCAACUCCUCAUGGGUGGAUUGGCUAGUGAAGAAGAAGCUCAUGAAAAUAAGUUUGGUGGUGGGAGUCACUUUCAGCUCAAGAGGUUGGAAAACUGGCAAGACCAACAACAGCAGCAGCAGCAAAUCUUGAUUAAUCCGUCUUUAUUACGGGUUCCUGUUUUCGAUAUAAAGCAAGAGGAUGCGCACAGUAGUCAAGUGUACAGAACUCACAGAAACGUGGCUGACGAGUUUCAAACAUCAAGUAGACCUAAUUCUUGGUCUCAAGUAGUCAUGGGAGUUUCUUCUUCUCCUAGGUCUUCUGUUACAACUACUACUUCAAGCAGCUCCAACAUCUUGGACUUUUCUAGUAAUAACAAAGAAGAUGGAAGGAUUCAAUUCCCUGAUCAUUCACCUGAGUGUAAUAGCACAGCAGCCGGUGGGGCGUCCAAGAAAGCUAGGGUUCACUCAACUCCAACACUACCUCCAUUGAAGGUGAGAAAAGAGAAGCUAGGGGAUAGAAUAACAGCCCUUCACCAACUGGUUUCCCCAUUUGGAAAGACUGACACAGCUUCAGUGUUGUUAGAAGCUAUUGGGUAUAUAGGAUUCCUUCAGGGUCAAAUUGAGGCACUUAGCUCCCCAUACUUGGGUAAUGCUUCAGCAAACAUGAGGCACCAACAGUCUGUUGAAGGAGAAAGAAAUUGUACAUUUCAAGAGGACUAUGGUCAGGGCAGGGAAUUUGAUGAGCCAAGAGACUUGAGGAGUAGAGGGUUGUGUUUGGUUCCUAUAUCCUGCACUCAACAUGUUGGAAGUGAAAAUGGAGCCGAUUACUGGGCUCCAUCUCUUGGGGGAGGAUUUUGAACAACCAUUAGGCAUUGUUUGGCUGCAGCAUCUGCAGCAUAUAAUGCUUAAUUGCUUCAAGUUUUAACUACUAGCUAGAAUGAUAUAACAUCAUAAGCAGUCACUCUGCUAAAUCUAAGGCUGACUGCUCCUGAUGGUAUGCAUUCAUAAUUCUAGCUAAAAUCCUCCUUUACUACUGUGCAUGCUUUCUAAGAUGAUAGUAGGCUAUCACGAAAUUCGUUUUCGGUAUUGUUAGGUAGUGUUUGGUUUGUAGAAUGAUCAUUUCUUUGUUAUCUAUGCUCCGUCAAUUUUUAAGUGACCAGACGCUAGAAUGAGAAUUGAUUUGAGAGAUUGUCAACUAUUC